AUGCCUACUCCUACACUCUCCAUCUUUCCGCGAGGCCCUGGGAAGCCCUACAACGAGCUCUCUCGCCAGGAGAGACUGGAUCGAAUGGGCGCGUGGUUCUUAGGAAACCGAGGCGAGAAUGCUCGCAUCUUUCAAGAGAGUAUGGCGUCCAUUAUCUGGGACGUUCAAUCUGCUCGACAGGAGAUAUGGUCUAACGAUAGUGAGACGAUUACUACCGCAACGAAGAAGUCGCCCGAGUUUAAGGCUAGCGUAGCUCACCUCGAAGGUUGCCUCUCCGCGCUCGCGACCGAACUCUCCGCAACGAGCGUCCCCUUUCACUCCCUCCGGAACGCUGGCCAUACGAGUACCGAUUCAUCUGUACCCGCACUACUUGGAUACGCUCUUGCUCAGCUAUACAACCAAGACAGCGCCUCAUCUGAGGCCGGCUCGUUCACCGAUUACAUCGAGUAUACCGUCGCACAGCAACUCUGUCAUAUCCUUGGCUACACUCUCGACUCGACAGGCCCUGCACCUGCGCGCCCAAGCCACAAUGACGUGUUUGGCUGGGGACACAUCACGGCUGACAGCUCCAUCGCGAAUCUUGAGUCUAUGCUGAUUGCACGUAACCUCAAGUACUAUCCCUUGUCUUUGCAUAAGGCGAUGGAUGAAGACCCCUCCCUCAAGAUCGUCCAGACUACAUUCACCAUUAGGCUGCGUACUAGCUCAGAGCCUAAGCUCUUCUACGAUUGCACAUCCUGGGAGCUGCUCAAUCUCGAUUCGUUGACGAUCGCCCGCAUACCGGGCCAGUUAUACGAACGUUACAACAUCUCCUCGGAAGCUCUCUCUGACAUCGUUCGCCCAUUCAGUAUACACACGCUCGGAAUGGAAAGGCUCGACGCAGAGUUCGGGAUUACAAAGCCCCCGGUGUACUUUGUUUCGGUCGCCAACCGCCACAGCUGGUCGAAGGGGUGCGCUAUCACCGGUAGCGGCAGUGGCAACUUGAUCGAGCUCGGCGUCGACGGGGAUAUGCGCAUGGAUGUCAAUGAACUCAAAGGACGGCUAGACACCUGUCUCAGGAAACAGCAAGCUGUCUUCUGUGUAGUGGCUGUAUGCGGUACCACAGAGCACGGCGCCGUCGAUCCAGUCAACGCUAUUGUUGGCCUUCGCGAGGAUAUGGCCCGAAGAGGCCUGUCGUUCAUGAUACACGCCGAUGCCGCCUUGGGCGGAUAUCUCGCGUGCAAGGUCCACCGCGCGACGUUGCAGGUGCCGUCGGAUCGUAAGCGCGACGCGCAUGCCAUCGGCCUGAGUCCAUGGACACAUGCGCAGCUCGGCGGUUUAAGCAGUGUUGACUCGGUCACAGUGGAUCCGCUCAAGUCUGGCUAUGCAUCGUGCCCGGCGGGCGUUCUCUGUAUGCGCGACAGUCGUCUCAGGUUUCUCACACACUGGACAAGCACGUCUGGAGCGGACUAUGAUGCGGGGACGUAUAUCGAGAGAAGCAAGCCUGGUGCCGCCGCUGUGUCUAUACUUUUAUCUCAUGAAGUUAUCGGACUUGAAAGGGACGACGAAGGCGGUUACGCCCACUUGCUCGGUACAGCAAUGCUGACGGCUAUCAAAAUGUACUGCCAUUGGGUAACCAUGGAUCUCACGUCAGAUCGUCUGGUUGUCACUGCAAUCAACAGGCUUCCCGUUGAGCGCAAGGACAAUGCAUCAGGGGAUGAAAUACUGCAGCAGAAGCGCGACAUCUUGGAGCAGAUCGUCGGUCGAGCGAACGAGGAUCUCGAGGAAGACGCGGACGUGAUGAGACUGCUCUGCCAACUAGGCUCUGAUACCGUGGUUAACGCGUUCGUCUGCAACUUCAGACUCGAAGCGGGUGGCGCCAUCAACGACGACGUUGCAGAGGCGAACUUCCUGAAUCAACGGCUGCACGAUCGUCUCUCCGUGCACCGGCGGAGUCAGGACGUCAUCACCGACAGACCCAUCAUUCUCAAUCGCGUCGGGUUCAAGGCGAGCACGUACAAGGGCGCGCUGGAUACUCUCAAGACACGCAUGAAGGUGAAGGGGCCGGGGGAUCUUGUGGCCCUCUCCAGCGUAACCAUGCAUCCCUUCCCUGUUGCUGAGACCCUAUUAUCCGGCAUGGUGACAGAGUUCAGGAAGGUAGCUGAGGAGGAGAUCACGAACUGUCUCGUGCGCGUCAAACCACGCCGUUCUAUCCACGGUUUCAUCCUUCAAGGCCUUCACGCCGGUUCGCAAUCCGGCGUGUAUUCGGCGCACCUCGUCUAUCUUCCGAUGUUCCAUAUCAAGAACCACCAACGGCAGCUCAUCUUGCGCGUCUCCGUCAAGCUUGAGAAGGCGCAGACCGAGAAGAUCAACGGGAAGCGCUCGUCGGUGUUAACAGUGCACACCUCAUGUAAGACGCUCCAAGGCUUAAGUACACUGGAUGAGGUUCUCGCAAAGGGAAGCUUCGAGGCGGAUAUUUACGAGGGCUUCCCGGACAUCUACGCAUCGCAAUGGUCCUUACUCUCCGAUGUCAAGUUUACGUUCAGACGUGAGCAGGACAUCCUUGUCAACCAAUCACUCGCCUCCAGCGGAGAUUAUGAUUCGGCGAUCAAAUACCCGGAGAAGACUCCCUUCUACGUUUACGCGCACGCGAACCAGAGCGUCAACAUCGAUCACGUUCUUACGAUGGCGCCGAACGUUCAGCUCAGCGCAGCCGGUGCUGUGCUCUCCCUCGUCCCGCCCACUCGCCUCGAUCCCUCCGUUGGCCUUUAUAAGCUCACACUCGACGACUACGUAGAAAGGACGAUGCACCCCUUCAGCGGCGCAGGUUUCUUCACUCCCGGACGAAAGUUGAGGGUUACCGUCCGUGGCGAUGACAAGAGCAACUUCGAGGGCCAUGGCACGCUCGAGCUCCCCGCGCAACUUCACGUCGACUACGCAUUUCUCAACCAGGAGAUGGCGGCAGACGUAUAUAUCGUGGCGCCUGCGAGCUCGGCUCACGGAUCCGAGACGGUGAGGACUCUUGCCGGAUACCUGGUACAGGCAUUCCGCACUGGCGAGAUCGAAUGGACGGGCAACGUCGUCGUCGCAUUCAACAAGUACCUCGAGAAACGCCAACAUUCGCUGCCUACAGGAUACUCUAUUACCUUGGGAGUGCCGACCUCGUUGCCGAAGGAGGUGGGAUCAUACAAGUUCGUGGUCGUCAGCCGAUUCGUUUGCAAGCAGCCGUCGAGCGCGAGGUCGCAGUCGUUUGCGAGAGGUCAGACGUGGGCGGAGAAGUAUCCCGGGAAGAUUUGA